AUGAAGGGAUCCUCACUUGUUCUGUCCAGCACUCUCCUGAGUUGCGCCAACGCUCUUCAACUCCAUAAGCGCCACAAUCCAUCUAUCGUUUCAGUCAACUUUGAGAAACGAACAAAAGAUGUCUUCCCCAGCCACGAGAAAAGAGACAGCGAUGCCGUCGUCGAGAUGAAGACUUGCAAGAAAAAGGACUGCCAGGGUGGUAUUUUCAACCCGGAAAAGUCAGAAACUUUCGAGUGGAGCGACGAGCAGGUGUCUGGUAGUUUCGGUAGUGGCGAAAGCUGGGAGGGUGAAUAUGCUAACGAUACAUUUACGCUUGGCUCAUCCACUUUGAACUCUUUCCAGUUUGUUGGCGUGACUGAAUUCAAUGCCACCACCGCUGGCAUCUUUAGCAUCUUCGGCGUCGGUAUCUACAGAGAGAUCAACACUCCCGCAUUCAGCUUAUGGCUCAAUAACGAGACGCAUGGAGAGUUUCUAUUUGGUGGCGUUAACAAAGCCAAGUAUACAGGCCCCCUCGUCACCUAUCCUGUUGCGGCCGACAACACAUUUGACGUGCGGGAUAGAGCCCUGGUGGUCAUGACAGGCUUCGGGACAACCUCUGAUGGCAAGACUUCAGAGCUUAACUUUAAAGCUCGACCCGUACUACUCGACUCGGGAACUAUACAGAGUAGACUAAGUCUUAACAUGACCUUGCAUCUGAUUAAGACCAUGAAAAUCUCCAUGGAUGAGAAAUUGGGUGCUGUAGCGCCUUGCAACACUAGCCGGAAGGAAACGCUGGAUUUCACGUUCGGCGACCUGACUCUGAGCGUACCCCUUGCAAACUUCCUCUCACCAACCCCAGUCAAGAGCGGUGUCGAUGGUGUUGCGUACUGCAAAGUCGUCUAUUACGAAGAUUCCACUAGCAUUGUCCUAGGUGACGAUUUCCUUCGAGGUGUUUAUGUUGUUUACGACUGGGGCAACAUGGAGAUCUCUCUAGCUCAAUACAACCCUGAGAAGGUUGAAGACGACAUUCACGAAAUUGUACGAGAUGUACCUGGGGCUUCUACCGCCACUGGUAUCCCCACAAUGUAUUUGAAGUACAAUCAGCCUGCGGAAUCUGCGGGUACUGAGAUCCCAACUGAGUUGCCGACGAUUACUGCAACUCAUCUCAGCACAGCGACUGGAUCUGGUACAGGUUCGGCGGAAGCUUCGUCGACUGCGGCUGAGGCUAGUGACAAUGAGGACAAUGGAGCGACGGGUGGCCUGCUAACUAAAUUGAUGUACAUAAUGCUGCUUGCUUUUAUCUUCAACGUUGUAUUAACCGCACAGUAA